AUGCAAUUCUCGAGAAACUCGAUCCUUAGGCAACUAAGCAGAAAAGAAGGUUGGAGGUCGGCUUCCAGAAGGUGGACUUCCGGUGAUAGCUCAACGGCCUUCGCCGACGAUACAAACGGUGGUUGUGGCGGGGGAGGUUACUCUUCAAUGGAGGGUCUUUACGGGGUUUACUCCGGCGGUGAAACGGCAGAAAGAAGUAAAAGAGUGAUGGUUGUGGUGGAUGAGACUUCAAGCUCGAAGCAUGCUAUGAUGUGGGCUUUGACUCAUUUGACUAAUAAAGGAGAUUUGAUGACUCUUCUUCAUGUUGUGUCUCCUCAUGAUGAAGCUUCUCCUUCUUUGGUUCAGUCAUUUGGUUCCCUCUGCAAAGCUUGUAAACCCGAGGUUGAUGUGGAGGCGUUGGUGAUUCAAGGACCAAAGUUAGCAACAAUACUAAGCCAAGUAAAGAAACUUGAAGUCUCAGUUCUUGUCUUGGGUCAGAAAAACUCUGCACCAUUCAUCUCCUGCUUAUGUGGACCUAGCAGAUCAGAGGAGCUCGUGAAUCGGUGUAUCAACGGUGCAGAUUGCUUGACGAUUGGUGUGAGGAAACAAUGCAAAGGUGUUAGUGGCUACUUGAUCAACACAAGGUGGCAGAAAAACUUCUGGCUCUUGGCUUAA